AUGACGGAUAUAUUGUUUGCUCUAGAACGGUUAGACCAAGAAGAGAGGGCUAAGAGGCCGACAAACUCGAAGCAGAAACGUGGACGAACUCAAACAUCUCGACGCAAAGAGCGCCCUCCACCGCCGACGACCCUCCUCAAUGCUCCCAGCACCUCCAAGUCCGACUAUGCGUCUUCCAUCCGCUCCGAAUCCCAAGGGCCCAGCUCCCGACGAAUCUCCUUCGCCGAGCCGGCUCGCCCGUCCGCCACGUCGAAACGAAUCUUCCUCCCGACACUGAAAGACUCGCUGGCAUCGGGCUUCCCCUUUGAUCCGCGGCUUCUGAAAUACGGCGUCGCGGAAGGCAUAUGGGAGCGUUUCCAAGGCGAGAUUGUCUCUCUCGCCGAAGUCCCCAAGCCGACGUGGUUAUGGCCCAUACAGCGCAAGGAGGUUGUCCAACGGAUCAAAAGGGAAUUGCAAUAUGAUGGGGACCUGAAGCGGAAGCUGAAGUUUUGGAAUAGGGCCUUCAGGCAGAUGGGCUUUCAGGUCGAUCUGGCGUUGCCUGGGGAGCAUCUCGAGGACAAUGCCGACCCGGACGGCGAUGAACCCAAGAACCCGAAUGCAAAGAGGGACGCGAAGAGGUUUCGCAUGGUCAUUACACCGAAUGCGGAGAAAGCGACAAGUGUUUACUCGAGAUCGAGCAGUUUGACCCGUUCUGUUACUGGAGAGGGAAAUCUCCAAAAGGCAGCGGAUGCCAAAAAAGUCAAUGCGGAGGAGGCAAGGGAUGCUGAUGAUUAG